CAAAGGAAGUGCCAAAAAAGUCCCGCUGUGUUGGCCUGAUUCUGCAUCCGGUGUGCUAGUUGGCUUGAGAAGUGAAAGAGAUUACCGGUUUCAUCAAUGCAAAGCCCACAAACCCUUAUGGGAGGAGAUCGCAAGAUAAGUGCCUAUUGACUGUAGCGGUGAGCAAUGUUCCAAUAAAUGGAAGAGCUUGAAAAGAACAUACAUGGAGACAGUAGACCACAAUUCCAAAACAGGGAAUGACAGGAAAGACUGUAAAUUCUAUAAUGAAUUCAAUGAGCUGUAUGGGAAUAAGCCAUCAACAAAGCCAGCCUUUGUGAUGGAUUCAGGAACCACAGCUUGUACUGUUAACGAGUCAGAUACUUCAGACCACGAGGAGCAGGCAGCCCCACUUGCUGCCCCAGCUGUUAGUCAGUUAGCUACUGCUAGUGAUGAGGUUGCCCCUAAAAAGAAGGCAAAGAAGCUUGGGAGGAAAAGUCCUACGACUGCAUGGCUUGAAAAAUAUGCAGAGGUUCAGAGGGCAGAGGCAAAUCGUCGCCACGAGGAAAAGAUGCGACGUUUCGACCGCCUUCUUGACAUCUUAGAAAAGAAUGAGGCCUGAAGA